AUGUUGUCUAUGAGCGCUGUAUGUGGAAUAUCAGCUCUACAGGGAGAUCUUUCUUUAAUCUACCUUUCCCUUGUUCUAUUUAUCCUCAACCUAGCCUCUGCUACACAGGAUAUUUCUGUUGACAGUGUAGCAAUUCGUAUUCUUAAAAAUGAUGAGCUAGGAGCAGGGAAUACAGUUCAGGUUAUUGCAUACAAGCUAGGAGCUGUAUCAGUCGGAGGGAUCCUUCUCUGGGUGGGAGAAGUUUUUGGACAUCAAAUCAUGUGGUCCCUGUUCUCCCUGCUGUACCUGGUUGUAGUUCUACUUGUAGUUUCCCUCAGUCUUAUUCAAUCCAAACCAGCAAAUCAAACAACAGUUCAGGAGAAAUCAACCAUAAUUAUGAUUAAAGAGAACCUUCGUCAGAUUUUCAGGUUGAAUGGUACUGGAUGGAUGGUUGGAUUCCUUCUGUUUUAUAAACUAUGUGAAAGAGGAGAAUCAGUGUUCCCAAUUUAUCUAGUGGAUAAGAACAUACCCCUGACAAGAUUGGCUGUGUGGAAUGGUUUAGUCAGGUCUGUGGCUUCUAUCAUUGGGUCUGGUUUUGGUGGGUAUCUCCUAUCAAGAAAGCUAUGGAAACCUAGACGGGUUUUAUUGUUCUUCUGCAGCCUCAGAGUUCUGCCCAUCCUACUGCAGACCUUAAUAAUCUACAUGUGGGGAAUGGAAGGGAUUAAGCUGGAGGAUCUAGAUAUAGUUUCAAUUCAUAGCUUUUACUUCCACACGGCAAUUUUCAGUCUUUGUAUCGGGAACUUCUGUGCUGGAACUUUGACAACAGCUGCAUUCACUGCCAUGAUGAGCCUUUCUCAAGGAGCAGAGGAGUCCAUUCAAUCUACACAUUAUUCACUUCUUGCUACUGUUGAGGUGUUUGGGAAGCUUAGCUUUGCCUCAGUAUCUGGUUGUUUUAUAGAUGAAUUAGGACUGUUCUGUAUGUUUUGUAUAUUCUCAACACUAGCUGUACUGACAAUACCACUCCUGCUGUUCAUGCCAGAAGAAGAGGAUUCUGAUAAAAAAACAGGAAUAGUAAAAAAUGAAUGAAGAAUUUAUAAAGAUCUCUCUGGACCAGAACCCUAUAUCAUAAACUGAGUGAAAAGUCAACAAUGACCUAAGUUGCACAAUUAUGACUGUGAUAAAAGAAUUAUAGGUGACUA